GAAUUUAAGGGGCAAAAGGAGGAAAACAGCCAGAGACAUCAGCAUUUCAAGCCUGCAGAGACAAUCCUGAGUGGCGAUUGUGAAUGGUAUUACCACUAGAUGCCUUCUAGAUGCCUUCUGCGAGCAUCUGAAAUGAACCUCUCACAUUGAUUGUUUUUAUUGGUUGGGAGCCAGGAGUACUGGAUUCCGUUGACUUCUAGCUAAAGAGAAUACAGUCCUGGUCAUCAUCACAAACCUCUGCACCAGUGUGACAAUGAAAUGAGAUGAGGCUCCGCAAUGGAACUGUGGCCACUGCUUUAGCAUUUAUCACUUCCUUCCUUACUCUGUCCUGGUACACUACGUGGCAAAAUGGGAAAGAAAAGAUAAUCGCUUAUCAACGAGAAUUUCUUGCUUUGAAAGAACGUCUUCGAAUAGCUGAACACAGAAUCUCCCAGCGUUCUUCUGAGCUAAGUACCAUCGUACAGCAGUUCCGGCGUGUAGGAGCACAGACAAAUGGAAGUAAGGAUGCAUUGGAUAAAUUUUCAGAUACGACCUUAAAGCUACUGAAGGAGUUAACAAGCAAAAAAUCUCUUCAAGUGCCAAGUAUUUAUCAUCAUUUGCCUCACUUACUACAGAAUGAAGGAAGCCUGCAGCCCGCCGUGCAGAUCGGCAGUGGGAGAACUGGAGUUUCAAUAGUAAUGGGAAUUCCCACAGUGAAGAGAGAAGUUAAAUCUUACCUCAUAGAAACUCUUCAUUCCCUUAUUGAUAAUCUGUAUCCCGAAGAGAAGUUGGACUGUGUUAUAGUAGUCUUCAUAGGAGAGACAGAUACUGAUUAUGUACACAGUGUUGUGGCCAACCUGGAGAAAGAAUUUUCUAAAGAGAUCAGUUCUGGCUUGGUGGAAGUCAUCUCACCUCCUGAAAGCUACUACCCUGACCUGACAAACUUGAAAGAGACAUUUGGAGACUCUCAAGAAAGAGUGAGAUGGAGAACAAAGCAGAACCUCGAUUACUGUUUUCUCAUGAUGUAUGCUCAGGAGAAGGGUGUGUAUUACAUUCAGCUUGAAGAUGAUAUCAUCGUCAAGCAGAAUUAUUUUAAUACUAUCAAAAAUUUUGCACUUCAACUUUCUUCUGAGGAAUGGAUGAUUCUGGAGUUUUCCCAGCUGGGCUUCAUUGGUAAAAUGUUCCAGGCACCGGACCUCACUCUGAUUGUGGAGUUCAUAUUUAUGUUCUAUAGGGAGAAGCCCAUCGACUGGCUCCUGGACCACAUCCUCUGGGUGAAAGUCUGCAAUCCCGAGAAAGAUGCAAAACAUUGUGAUAGACAGAAAGCAAAUCUGCGAAUUCGCUUCAGACCUUCCCUUUUCCAGCAUGUUGGUUUUCACUCAUCACUGUCGGGAAAAAUUCAGAAACUCACGGAUAAAGAUUACAUGAAACCAUUGCUUCUUAAAAUCCAUGUAAACCCACCUGCGGAGGUAUCAACUUCUUUGAAGGUUUACCAGGGCCACACACUGGAGAAAACUUAUAUGGGGGAAGAUUUCUUCUGGGCUAUAACCCCAAAUGCUGGAGACUACAUCUUGUUUAAAUUUGAUAAGCCAGUCAAUGUAGAAAGUUACUUGUUCCACAGUGGCAACCGGGAGCACCCAGGAGACAUCCUGCUGAACACCACUGUGGAUGUUUUGCCUUUAAAGAGCAAAGGCUUGGAAAUAAGCAAAGAAACCAAAGACAAACGAUUGGAAGAUGGCUAUUACAGGAUAGGAAAAUUUGAGAAUGGUGUGGCAGAAGGAAUGGUGGACCCCAGUCUAAACCCCAUUGCAGCCUUUCGCCUUUCAGUUAUUCAGAAUUCUGCUGUUUGGGCUAUUCUUAAUGAGAUUCAUAUUAAAAAAAUCACCAAUUGACCAUCUAAGAAAUCAACAUAUUUUCCCUCUGAAUCUGUCAAGUAAAGAUAAUUUAGCAUGAUUUUUUUUAAAAACUUGAACACUACCUCUUGUGAAAUCUACUGUAGAGAUGAUUGUCAUUUCCACUUGGAAAGUGAAUCACCCAUGGAUAAUUAUACUCAUCUGAAAUUACACUGUCCUCCAAUUUUAACUUAAAACAUUUUACAAUUAUGACAGCUUGUUGAUAUGACUUGUACUAUUUUGGUAUUAUACUAAUACAUAAGAGUUGUACAUAUUGUUACAUUCCUUAAAUUUGAGAAAAAUAAUGUUAAAUAUAUUUUAUGAAGGGGGUACUUUUGAAGUUCAGUUAUUUUACUAUUAUAGACCCUCUUUUAUAGAGCAUCAGGGAUUAUAUAUAUAUAUAU